AAGAAUAUAGACCAUGUCGUACCCCACACAAUGAAAGUGGACUCUGUGUUCCUUAUACGGAGUGCUAUAUUCUACACGAAUGGAAUAAAAACUACGAUGCAUUGACGGUUUUUCGAGAGUAUUUACUUCGUGCAGAUUGUACCAGGAAUCAGGAUAAAACAUCCCAUUGGUGUUGUGAACCUGCAACUGUCUGGCGACCAACAACAGCAAUAGUUAAACAAAGAAUGCAAAAUACCGAACAUUUGUAUUUAAAUCCAAUACCAGAUUAUCAAGGUCUAUUGAACACAGCAGGUUUUGAUGUUCUAUAUCAAGAAGAGUGCAGCACAGGCACUGGAGAUGCCAUCGCCGAUGACAAUAUUACAAGGUUGACCGAAUUUCCAUGGAUGGCCCUAUUGAAAUAUGACGGACCAGCAGGUGAAGAAUUUCGUUGUGCUGGCUCAUUGAUAACGAAUCGAUUUAUUUUGACAGCAGCCCAUUGUGUGAAUGCGAUGGAUCCAAUCAUUGGUGUACGACUUGGUGAACAUGACACCUCGACCGUUGACGACUGCAUGCAAUUGGGCGCCAUUUUCGAAUGCAAUCCACCGGUGGAAGAUUUUCGUAUAGAAAAUAUCCUUUCACAUCCCGAGUACAGUAGAGAGGAUCAUAUCAAUGAUAUUGCCUUAAUAAAACUAGAUCGCAAGGUUCAAUUUAAAAAGCACAUUAAACCUAUAUGCUUGCCCAUUCAUUUGUAUACACCGACUGAAGAUAAUUUUUUCAUAGCCGGUUGGGGUCACACCAAAAAUGGUAAUAAAUCGGAUAUUCUUCUGAAAACACCAGUGAAACAACUACCUCUUUCGACAUGCAGUGAUAAAUAUUCUAUUCAACUCAGCGAUACUCGCCACUUAUGUUUCGGAAAGGAUAUAGGGGGUCAUAACGUAUGCGCCGCAGAUAGUGGUGGACCAUUAAUGCAUUUUGGACCCUACAAAGGUCAAAAACGUUUCAUACAAUAUGGGAUAGUGGCAGCGGGAAGUAAUGCUUGUAGCGCGACAGCAGCUUUGCCUGAUAUUUAUUUAUACGAAUGUUAGCUUCUUUAUGCCAUGGAUAACGCAUACUAUUGCUCUGCAAAACGAGUGAAUAACAAGGAUAUGAUAAGACGAG